AUGGCGUCUAAAGCCCAUGUGGAAAAUUGGUUGGAUAAUGGAAACAAUAAGAAAGCACUGCAAGAAGCAGAUAAGGUGCUUAAGAAACACCCAAGCAAUCAAUGUGCCCAAAUGCUUAAAGCUUUGGCUUUAUUGCGAUUGGGUAAAGAAAAUGAGUGUCAGGUUAUUAUGGAUAAAGUACGCUCAAAGAUACCCUGUGAGGACUCUACUCUACAGGUUAUGAGCAUUUGUUACAGAGAAAUACAUCAACCGAACAAAAUUAGUGAGGUAUACGAGGCUGCGGCCAAAGCAGAUCCGAAUAAUGAGGAAUUAUUAACGCAUCUUUUUAUGUCCUAUGUACGUCUUGGAGAUUACAAAAAACAACAACAAACAGCGCUUGCCUUGUACAAAUUAAAACCAAAAAAUCCUUAUUAUUUUUGGGCUGUGAUGAGUAUAGUUAUGCAGGCUAUACAUGCAGAAGAAAAAUUAGCGAAAACAGUUAUUUUACCUUUAGCAGAAAGAAUGGUGUUGAAAAUAAUUGAAGAAGGUAAAAUGGAAGCAGAACAAGAAGUCCAACUAUAUUUAAUGAUAUUGGAGCUUCAAGGUAAAAGUGAAGAGAUGCUAAAUGUUCUCUCUGGACCCUUAGCUAUACAUCUUUCGCCCAUUUCACAAGCAAAAGCAGCUCUAUUAUUAAAAUUGGAACGCUUUCCUGAAGCAGCAAAUGCAUAUAAAGAACUUAUCAACGAAAAUAUAGACAAUUGGGCAUAUUAUAAAGAUUAUCUUGCUGCGGCCUUGAAAUUUCAAAAAUCUGAAGAAUGUUUAGAAUUCUUUAAGAACAUUAUAAAUACAUCAGAAAAAGAAGUCAGAGCUCCAUACUUGGCUCAGUUUGAAUUAUACAAGAGUACUCAAAGCAAAGGAAUCAUUGAGAAUACUACUGAAGUAAUAAAUCUAAUGCAUCAGUAUUUCUUAUGGUUUGGAGAAAAAGACUGUGUAGUUGAAGACUUACGGCUGUACUUAAAUUUAUUAACACAUGUAGACAAGUUAGAAUUGCUUCGAAAGAUAGAGGAAGAAGAGUUGGAUGUCGAACCAGACGGAUUUCCAUUAACUGUGCAGCAAAUGCGACGUCAUAUUCAUUUUGAACAAUUGCGUCGUAUCUGUGGUUUGCAUCAUUCCCCCAACGUAUCUAUAGAUGAACAAAAGCAACUAGUAGAACGACUAUGUGUAUUAUAUGAAAAGGGUAAUGUAUUAUGUCCAAUUCAAGGAAGAUUACCAACAGAUUUUUGUCCUGCGGAUUCUUACAUCCUUUUAGCUACACAUUUAUUGCAUGAACUGUGGAGCAAUACCGAUGACGCAUCUUAUCUCUACAGGUGA